AUGUCUAAGAAGAGGAAGCACGAACAGAUUCAAGAUCGGGAAGACCUGCAAAGUACAAAGCCACAGCCAGACAAAACUUCCCAAAAUGAAGUCUCGGCAGUUCCGGCAAAGUCAAAGGGACAGCUGAAGCAGGAGAAGUCGGAACGAAGAGCAAAGAAACAGAAGAAGUCGAAAGAGGAAGCGCCAGAACAAGAUCCCUCGACGGGUCAUGCAGCACAUGUUUCCUCAUCACCUGCGCCAGUGGCAGCCGAGGGGGCCUCCACACAAGAACCGGACGGGGAGAUGAAGAAGUCCAAGAAGGACAAGAAGAAGGCAAAGAAAGAGAAGGACGACGGCGACAAGAAGAAGGCGAAGAAGGCGAAGAAAGAGAACCGCGACGGCGACGAGAAUAAGGCAAAGAAAGAGAAGGAUGACGGCGACAAGAAGUCCGCUCCAGCUCGAUUUAUCUGUUUUGUCGGCAACCUCCCUUACGACGCCACUCUUGAUCAGAUCAACGCCCAUUUCUCCAAGAUUGCACCCACCUCCGUCCGUCAUGCGACCGAGAAAGCUAGUGGAAAGAGUAAGGGGUAUGCCUUUCUCGAGUUCGACCAUUACGACAAGAUGAAGACGUGUUUGAAAUUGUACCAUCAUUCUAUCUUCGAUCCGGAGGCCAAAGGGGAGGGGAAAGAUGCAGCCGCUGCUCAGCAAGACGACAAAGAGCAGACGAAGCCGAGCGGGAAGCAGAAGGGGCGAAGAAUCAAUGUCGAGCUUACGGCCGGAGGAGGCGGCAAGAGCAAAGCUCGCAAGGCAAGAAUCAACUCAAAGAACCAAAAACUUGAAGAGGAACGAGGGCGGAGGCGACUCAAGGAGAAGGCUGAGCGCGAGCAGGGUUCUCGGAAGCACAAGGCGCCGCCUGAAACGGGUGCAAAUACGGUGGAAGUCAAGGACACUCGUGGGGACAUCCAUCCUAGCCGUCUUUCUCGAGUGAGCCACUGA